UCUUGCAGAAAAAUUCAAACUCAAACAACAAUGACGACUACCAACGAACCAGAGUUUGCCACGGCCGUGGCGGUUGCGACAAAGAACAGAACGUUCAAGAAGUUCUCAUUCAGAGGGUUCAACGUCGAAGCUCUUCUCAAAAUGUCCACAUAUGAUCUCUCUAAGCUUUUCAACGCUCGUGUUAGAAGGAGAUUCUAUAGAGGGCUAAAGAAGAAGCCUCUGAUUCUGAUCAAGAAGCUACGCAAGGCGAAGAAAGAAGCAAAGGAUGAGAACAAGAAGAAGCCUGAACUAGUGAAGACGCAUCUAAGGAACAUGAUCAUUGUCCCUGAGAUGAUUGGAAGUGUUGUUGGAGUGCACAACGGUAAGAAGUUUAACGAGGUUGUGAUUAAACCUGAGAUGAUUGGUCAUUAUCUUGCUGAGUUUUCGAUGACUUGUAAGAAAGUUGAUCAUUAUAGACCACGUAUAUGUGGUUGUGGUUGUUACCGUAAUUCCACCAGGUUUAUUCCUCUGAGGUGAUUGAAGAGGAAGCUCUUUUAUAUUGUUAAGUUUCUUGGUGUCAGUGAUUUGGUAUUUUGUGUGUUGAUGUCUUAUCUUCUUUAGAAUG